AUGGCAAAGACAAAAGGAAAUGAGAGUAUGAAGAAGAAGAAGAACCCAUUCAUGGAACCACCAAAGAAACAAAUCAAGCUAGGGAGUAGUAGCUCCAAUGCAAGAGCAGCAAUACCAACUUCACCACAUUCCAUUGAUGCAAUCAAGAACAUGUGGAGAGUCCCAAGAGGAGAAGAUGAUUGGGCACUUGUAACCUUUGUUGGAGAACAAAUCCAAGACCCAAGAAAGUGCAAGAAGGCAAUGGAGAAGGUGAACAUCGAACCUUGUGUGAAGAUGGACACCCAAACCCUUGACCUUCUCAAGAUAAGAGAUGAUGUCACAUGGUACAUAAGGAAGCUAGGCUUGAGCAAGCUCUUCAAGCUAGAGUGUAGUGAGUACUCACAACUCACCAAGGAGUUCCUCUCCACAGUAGCUCUUGCCUUUCCCAACCACAAUGGAGACCAACCAGCUGGUGAUGGACUCCUACUCUUCAAGAUAGGCGAUGCCAAUGGGCGCAUCUCCAUCUCAGCUCUAUGCCAACUCUUUGGACUUCCCAAUGAGACAGCACAUGACUUCAAGGAGAACUCAAAGAGGAAACAAGCUGCCUUUGCUGAUUGGACACACUUUGCCAAUGAACCAUUCUUGCCUUCAAGAUCAAAGGUGUCUAGAAUCACUCAUCCAGCCAUUCGCUAUGUGCACCGCCUCAUCUCCACCACUUUCCAAUGCAAACAAGAAGCCAACAAGGUCACAACUGAUGAGUUCUACAUCCUCACCACACCAUUCAUCAAGCAUGAGUACAAGGCCAACCUUGGACUUUUACUUGCCAAGACAUUCAUCAAUGUGAGGAAGCUAGCUAAAGACUUGGAAGGCAACAAGAAGCUUUGUGUUCGUUUUGGGAGGCUUAUCACGGCCAUAGUACAACAUGUGGGGAUUGACAUUCCCAACUAUGAGCCACUACCCAAGCCAACCCCUUUGGAUCUCCAUGCCCUUCAGCUAUGA